CGAGAUGUGGGGCUCAGGUGUAAGCAGAGCGCAUCUCAGCCCGGCGCUGGGGUAGAGCAGACAGAGGAGUGAGACCGGGAGGCUGGAGGGAGAGGCUGGUCCGAGGGAGCUCCCAGCCCCGCCGGCCGCAUCCGCCGCUGCCCCUGCUCCCGCGGCUUCCCCCAGGCAGGAGGACAGCGCCCGGCCGGCACUUUUGCCCUCACUUUAGGAGUGUUUGUGGAUUUACAUGCCCAGCCUGCAAGAUGAUGUCCAUGAACAGCAAACAGCCGCAUUUUGCCAUGCAUCCCACCCUACCUGAGCACAAGUACCCCUCGCUGCACUCCAGCUCGGAAGCAAUAAGGAGAGCAUGCCUGCCAACUCCACCGUUGCAGAGCAACAUCUUCGCCAGCCUGGACGAGACCCUGCUGGCGCGGGCCGAGGCUCUGGCGGCCGUGGACAUCGCCGUGUCGCAGGGCAAGAGCCACCCCUUCAAGCCGGACGCCACGUACCACACGAUGAACAGCGUGCCCUGCACGUCCAGCGCCACCGUGCCGCUGGCGCACCACCACCACCACCACCACCACCACCCGCAGGCGCUGGAGCCCGGCGACCUGCUGGACCACAUCGCGUCGCCCCCGUCGCUGGCGCUGAUGCCGGGCGGCGGCGCGGGCGGCGGCGGGGCGCACGACGGGGCGGGCAGCGGCGGGGCAGGCGGCGGCGGGGCAGGCGGCGGCGGCGGCGGGGGCGGCGGCGGCGGCGGGGGGGGCCUCAUCUCCACCUCGGCCCACCCGCACGCGCACAUGCACGGCCUGGGCCACCUCCCGCACCCGGGCGCCAUGAACAUGCCGUCGGGGCUGCCGCACCCCGGCCUGGUGGCCGCGCACCACGGCGCCGCGGGGCAGGUGGGCGCGGCCGCGGGGCUGGCCUCCAUCUGCGACUCGGACACGGACCCGCGCGAGCUGGAGGCCUUCGCGGAGCGCUUCAAGCAGCGGCGCAUCAAGCUGGGGGUGACCCAGGCCGACGUGGGCUCGGCGCUGGCCAACCUGAAGAUCCCGGGCGUGGGCUCGCUGAGCCAGAGCACCAUCUGCCGCUUCGAGUCGCUCACGCUGUCCCACAACAACAUGAUCGCGCUCAAGCCCAUCCUGCAGGCCUGGCUGGAGGAGGCCGAGGGCGCCCAGCGGGAGAAAAUGAACAAGCCCGAGCUCUUCAACGGCGGCGAGAAGAAGCGCAAGCGGACUUCCAUCGCCGCGCCCGAGAAACGCUCCCUGGAGGCCUACUUCGCCGUCCAGCCGCGGCCCUCCUCCGAGAAGAUCGCCGCCAUCGCCGAGAAAUUGGACCUCAAAAAGAACGUGGUGCGGGUUUGGUUUUGCAACCAGAGACAGAAGCAGAAAAGGAUGAAGUUCUCCGCCACCUACUAGCGCCCUCCCGCCCGCCCGGCCGGCGAGGGGAGGAC